AUGAAUUCAAUACAAAAGAUUAAUCAAAUCAACCAAAAAGAAUUAAAUUCAAACACUUCAUACAAAUCAUCUUGGCAUUAUGAUUAUCGAGAUACAAAUUAUUUAUACAUAGGAAAUAUACCAUUUAAUUUAACAUCAAAAGAUUUAAUUAUCAUAUUUAGUCAGUAUGGAAUACCAACACAUAUUAAUUUAAUUAAAGAUAAAGAAACUGGUAAUCAUCGAGGAUUUGGAUUUUUAAAAUAUUCAAAUUUUAAAAGUUGUAUUUUGGCAAUUGAUAAUUUUAAUGGUAUUAAAUUAGGUGAUAGAUUUUUAAGAGUUGAUCAUAAUUAUUAUAAAUUACAUCAAGGGGAGAAUGAAGAUGAUUAUUUGAUUGAUUAUGAAGAAAUAAAGAAACAAAUUGGAGAAGAUAAGAGAAUUGAAAAUGAGGACAACGAAAAGGAAGGGGAAAUAAAAUUGAUUGAGGCAGGUGGUAGUGUGAAUGACGAUGAUGAAUUUAAAGAUCCAAUGGAAGAAUUCUUGAGUAAGAAAGAUAAGCCAAAAGAUGAUGAUGAUGAGUUUAGGGAUCCAAUGGAAGAUUUCCUAUCCAAGGAAAGGUCAAAAGAUAGUCGUAAGGAUGAACAUACACAUAGAAGUCAUAGAUCGGAGAGACACCGAUCUUCUUCACAUAGGCAUAGGUCAGAUAAAGAACAUCGCUCCUCUUCACACAGGCAUGGAUCAGAUAAAGAAAGGUCGUCCCGAUCGCACAGGUACGAUAAGGAAGGAUCUUCUGAUAGGCAUAAAUCAGGUAGGGAAGACAGAGAAAGAAGUCCUCGUAGAUAG